CUGUAGUGUGGUCUGUGUAGCAGUUCAGAUUUUAAGGUGCUGAUUCGUCAUGGUCAACGCAACCAAAGGACUGUUCAUUUCCUGUGACAUUCCCAUGGCACAAUUCAUCGUCAAUUUGAAUGCUUCAAUGCCGGCAUCACAGAAGUUUAUUAUACAUGUCCUGGAUAACACUCACUUCUUCGUGCAACCUCACGCCGCUGAGAUGAUACGGAGUGCCAUAUCUGAGUUCAGAGACCAGAAUUCCUACGAGAAACCAACUUAAUAUCCCUUCUUUUUCCUGUUAUACAUUUCUUCUUUAAUGGAGUUUAGAUACGAAACCAAACGAAAAAUCUAUGUCUCACUAUGAGUACUUGCUCACCUUCCAUAUUCAUUUUCAUAUCAAAUCCUGAUAUGGUAAUUCAGGGCUAUAUUUGGAUUUGGGUUUUCUUCGAGUA